UUACCCUAGGUUCACAUCUGUGCGGGUGGUGCCGCUGCAGAUCCACACGAAAAUCCAUGCAGCCGCACCACCUGCACAGAGAAAUGUGGACCAGCGGGCGGGUGCCAUUAAUUCUAAUGGCACGCCACCCGCACUGGAAAACGCAACCGUACUGGGAACCGAGGUUCCAGUGCAGGAUGCGUUUUCAGAAGAAGUGCAGGGACUUCUUUCCCUGCAUGUCAUGGGCACAGGAGUCCAUUAAAAUGAAUGGGCUCUCGUGCCCGUACAAAACGCGGCCCGCACAGAUGUGAACUGGGGGUUA